CGUCGACGCGAUAGGGUGCUCUGUCGCAUUGAUUUUUCUAUAAACCGAGCUAGUAAAUAUUGGUUAGCGCUCGUUAAUCAGUAUAAGAUGUCUUAGAGGUUAACGGUGUCGGCCGUAUAAACAUUCAUUGGCGGCCGCCGACGAACAUAAAAGUGUUUAAUUUAUCUCCUUCAUUCCGUUUGGAGCAACUAGAGGUAUCGCACGUACGUACUAUAUUGUACAACAUUUUGGAUUAAAUCGCGCUUAUUAACGUUUGAGAAACCACACCAGUGAAUCUCCAAAAUGGCGAGCAGUACAUGGGAGGAAUUCUUCGCGGUGCACCUGCCCCCACCAGACUUCGAGGACAACCGCUCUCUGCUGAAGGAGUUCUGUGAGCGGCAUGACCAGUAUGGCAACAAAAUUGUUCUUGUUACCUCUGGUGGUACAACAGUCCCCUUAGAACACAACACGGUCCGUUUCGUGGACAACUUCAGCGCGGGCACCCGUGGCGCGUCUUCUGCCGAGUACUUCCUUGAACAGGGGUAUGCGGUCAUCUUCAUGCAUCGCCAAAAGUCGCUGGAACCGUUCACGAGGCACUUCACUGGACAGAAGCUGCUGGAUAUGCUUGAGAUCCAGGAUCGAGGACCUAAUACUUCUAUUUCAGUGAAACCAGACAGCGUCGACGUGCUAGCACCCAUUCUCCUCCGCUACAAGGCAGCUCACGCAGCGGGUGCGAUCCUGCACGUGUCGUUCACCACAGUCUCCGAGUACUUCUGGCUGCUGCGCGCUGCCUGCGAGUGUCUGGCCAACCUUGGUGCUAGGGCCAUGCUGUAUCUAGCUGCUGCUGUGUCCGACUUCUAUAUACCUAAGGAUAGAGUGCCUACCCACAAGAUGCAGUCAGCUUGCGGAGCUCCCAUCAUCCAACUGCACCUAGUGCCCAAGAUGUUGGCUCCCCUCGUCAACCUGUGGGUGCCUGAAGCUUAUGUGGUCUCCUUCAAGCUGGAGACGGAUGAGAACCUGCUCAUACCUAAGGCGAGGGCUGCGCUUGACAAGUAUAAGCAUAAGAUGGUGGUGGCUAACUUGCUGCAAACCCGGCACCACCGCGUGAUCCUGGUGUCUCCCGACGUGUCGCAGGAGAUCGUGCUCACCAGGGAAGAGGUUCAUGCCGGCGUGGACAUCGAGUCGUCGAUCGUGUGCGAGAUAGUCCGCGUGCACGCGCUGCACAUGCGGCACGCGGGCGAGCCCGUGUCGCCGCCGCGCUCGCCGCGCUGAUGCGUCCGCCGCCGCCGCCUCUACCUCACCAACCAGUAGGCGCGGCGCCACACACAAGUGCGGGAAUGUGGACGAGGUGUGCUCAGCGGUGGACGAAGUGUGGUGAGCAGUGGACCUCAUGUGCUGAGCAGUGGACUAUAUGUGCUGAAUAGUUGACUAUGUGUGGUGAACAGUGAACAAUAAUUGAUGGACAGUGAACUAUGUGUGUUGAUCAGUGCACUAUGUGCUGAGCAGUGAACUAUGUGUGGUGAACAGUGAACAAUAAUUGAUGGACAGUGAACUAUGUGUGUUGAUCAGUGCACUAUGUGCUGAGCAGUGAACUAUGUGUUCUGAACAGUGAGCUGUAAGUGCUGAACAGUGGUCUUUAUGGCGAAAGUAAACCAUUAUGUACUGAUCAGUGGACUAUGUGUUCUGAUCAAUGAACUAUGUGCUGAAUAGUUAAAUAUGUUUUCUGAACAGUGGACUAUUUGUGCUAAUUAGUGGAGUACAUGCGGAACAAUGGACCAUAUGUGCUGAACAGUAAACUAUAAGUGCUGAACACUUGACUUAACGUGAUGAAAAGUCUGUUAUAAUUGCUGAACUGUUGACUUCAUGUGCUGAACGAUUGACUUUAUAUGCUGAACAGUUGACUAUAUUAUGUGGUGAACAUUCUACAUAACAGUGAAUAGUGAUCUAAAACUUGAUGAGAGUAUAGUCGUCAUGCUUCAUUGUUAUGACCGCGCUCGCCACCGCCUUUACCUCGCGAAACAGUACCCGUGCCGCAGCCCGUUUAGAAAGAACUAUACUGAACAGUGAGCAUUGCACUGAUCGGUGCAUGUAAUAAACAAUGGUUUUCAAAGUAAAUAGUGAACUAUAUGUCGAACUAAAACUUGAUGCGUGUAUUUACAUCGAGUUAUUUAAACUCGAUGUAAAUACACGCAUCGACGCAACUUGUCUAAAAAGUCCUUAUAUCAACAGUUGACUUUAAUGAACAGUGGACUUCAUAAUGAACAGUGAGCUUAAAGUUCAUGCACUUUUAAUGUGUUGUCAUCGUAAUGUGAACUUUACAUAUGGCUAGUGGGCCAACACGUCUUGCUGGCAUCUCUGUACCAGCCAGUAAGCGUAACGUUUGUGCAGUUGGAACUCCGUAGUGGAUAGUGGACUACUACAUGUGUGAUGAACAGAACAUUAAAUUAAGAGAAGAGGAGUUACUAACAUGUUUUAUUGUAUUGAAACUUUCUUAUGGAAAAACCCGUGAAGUGCUAGGGCAAUGACGUAUUUAUAAACUGUGUAAUGUUUUGUUAUUCAUUGACGAGCAAUCAUGCAAUGUUUGAACUAUGAGUUGUCUGCAGCAAAUCAGAGUAAAGUUUCUACUAGUCAUGGUGAUUUAUAGAGCAAAAACAUUUAACUGGUAAACCAAGAAAACUUUCUUAAAAGAAAAUGGGGAUUGAAAAGUUGUACAUUGUUUGUACGAUGAGUGAUAUGUUACUAAAAGUUCCCGAACGAGUUGAGUGCUGCGAUGUUCGUGCUCGCGAGCGUUAAGUCUAUCUUAGCGAAUACAACUACUUAUGUGACUCAAAUAAAAUCAUGAAAAAACUUUGGUCUGUCGUGCUGAAAAUGUACGUGAAGUUCAUGAACGUUCUAAGCGAUGUAAGGUUUUCGUAAAAUGACACUUAUGACUUCUCAAUACACAUGUGUGUUAAAUGUAUCAUAUAAUACUAUGUGUUCCCAGUGUUUAAAUGUAACAAUAAAUGUCUAUUCAUGCACGUUUUGUAUCAUAGAUGCGCGUUCAGGCAUUCGAUACAUAGGAGUGAGAUAUCACCCUAAAAAGACUAUGAUUAUGAAAAUAAUAACAUAAGCUGUGAAUAUUUAUA